AUGGCUCUCUUGUACUCUUUGGGUGUCUCACUGGCUCUUGUGGCCGUCAUUUCAGCUGCUGCGUCGCCAGGAAAGGGCGCAAAAAAGGGCAUUUCGUCUCUUUUCAAAAAGAAGACAAAUCCCUACACUGUUCGGAGAGCAUUCAUUGAUCCCGUGUACAAGAAGCAGGUAAACUCUUCCAUCGCCUCGGCGAGUGCUGGCGAACGUGCUGCUCUCACGGAGCUCCUCACAACUCCAACCGCCGUCUGGUUAUCAACGAAAGCUGAUGUACAAAGAAACAGGAAAAGUAGAAUAGCGAAGGCCCUCAAACAGGCCAGCAGAUGGAAGAAUCCGCCAAUGGUGACGUUGAUCGUGUACAACCUCCCCAACCGCGAUUGCGCCGCCGAGUCAAGCGCAGGGGAAUUUUGCUGCAGCCCCAACAAAAAUGGCACGUGCAACUUUCUAGACGGAUCGACUAUGUGCGAGGAUGGGUUGAGGAGAUACCAAAACGAGUACAUUAAACCACUUCUAAAGUUUGUCAGGGAAUAUCGGAAAAUAGUGCCGAUGUCGUUCGUGGUUGAACCAGACAGUCUGCCCAACCUAGUCACCAACUUAGAGAACCCGAAGUGUGGAAAUAAGGCGACAAAUUCGUCGUAUAUGAACGGGAUUAAGUUUGCCGUCAAUUCGCUUUCCGAGGCUUGCCCCCACUGCCCACUUUAUUUGGACGCAGCGCAUGGAGGGUGGCUUGGGUGGGAGGAUUCAAGCGUUGGGUUUGUCAAGCUUUUAAAGAAGCUGCGCAUUGUCAGGAAGCUCAGAGGUUUUGCUAUCAACGUGUCAAAUUAUCAAGAAAUGGGGGUUAUAUGCCCGGAAGUGGGCUUCUGCCUUGACGGGGCGAAUCCGGAUCAUGAGUGUUGCAAAAUCGAUUCCUGUGGGCUGCUUGAGAAAUUUAACCCUGGGCAUACAAUUCUGAACUACGCGAUGUCGUUGAAAUCGUAUGUAGAAUCGGCAAUUGACGGGUACGAGCCAAAGUUUAUAGUGGAUACUUCCCGCAAUGGAGCUGGGGAUGCAAGGGAGGACUGUUCGGUUUGGUGCAACGUAAGAAGCGCUGCAUUAGGAGAGCCGUUCACGACAGAGACGGCGAACAAGACCGUGUUUGAUGCGUAUCUGUAUAUCAAGCCGCCGGGGGAGAGUGAUGGAUGCACUGAGAUUUUGCCCGAGGGAGGCAAGUGUCCGAGGUUUGAUUCGGUUUGUGCGUCAGACGACAGCGUGGGUAGCAAACGUGGAGAACCUAGGGCCCCGGAGGCUGGGGAUUGGUUUGACUAUAUGAUUAAGGGAAUCGCUACGAACUAA